AUGUCUACAAAAACUGAGACAAUGACAACUUCAUCCUUCGAACUCGGCCAUCGCCCCUCUGGACACUUAGCUCCACCUCCUGACUACGAGACUACUGAAGCUGUAGAACUAUCACGCCUCUCGCCAGCUACGUCUUCUACAAACUCCCUUCCAGAAUAUACGACGCUAUACAACAAUGAAAACGGAGACUCAGCAUCGUCCUCUUCAACAUCUGGAUUUUAUCCUACAAAACAACUGCAGAUCCAGGCUCCUGGGUUUGCACUUAUUAGGCUUCCUCUACCGCCUCAGCCAGAUCCUAUCUAUGUCUUCAAUGUCGCAGCAACGGGAGAACUCGAUGAUGCAGAGUAUGUAUCGAUUCGGCCUACAAGAAACUCAGGCUCUUGCUUUCUUGCCAGGGCGAACGACCCUACACAAGCAGCUCUAUGCACGACCACAUACCGCUUUGGUCCAGGCAAGCCUCCCAAGAUACGUUUUGUUGGGGAUGGAUCGCAGAACGGCCAGGCAGAGGAGAUCGAGAUCAGCUGCAAAGGUGUUCUAACUCGCAGCACCAUCAUGCGCACUCAUCUCGGCACUUUCGAAUGGCGAUAUAGUUCCCGCGCCGAACGUCGAAGUGCAAAAGCCUCUGUUGGCGAGGAAAUCGAUUGUCUACUCAUUCUAGACCAAGUCAUGAAAGUGGCCGUGGCAGGAGGAAAGCAGGAAGAGAGAAGACGCAAGGUUGGGCAAUUCGUGCGUAGCGAUGGACUCCGUACUCAAGGUUCUAGGAGGAGCUCUGCUGGAAAUGGUGGACGGCUUAUGCUUGAUUUGCGUGAGUGGUUGGAUCGGAAAAACGAGGCAAUUGAGAUGGAAAUUCUAGCUGUGGUGAGUUGUGUGUCCAUGAUGAAGAAAGAAGUGGAUAGACGAAGAAUGCAUCAGACUAUGGCCAUCAUGGGAGGUGCUUCUGGUGGAUCCUAG